AUGGAGCAUAUUGAGAGCUUCGAAAAAGUCUGCAGUUUCACUCGCGCGAAUGGUGUUCCACCAGAUUACAUCAGGUGCAUGUUAUUCCCAUUCUCUCUUGAUGGAAAAGCUGCACGGUGGUUGAAUUCUCUCCAGACCAGCUCUCUCACUUCAUGGGAACAGGUCCGAUCAGCGUUCCUCAGCCAUUUCUACUCUAAUGCGAGAACAGCUGCAUUGAGGAACAAGAUCACCUCCUUCAGACAGCUCACUGAUGAGCCUUUCUGCGACGCAUGGGACCGCUUCAAUGACUAUCACCGAGAAUGUCCUCACCAUGGAUUUGUUGAUGAUUACCUCCUGGACAUUUUCUAUGAUGGAGUGGACUGGAAAUACCAAGCUAAUAAGAAAGAGGAGAGUGAUUGCUCCAUGAAAGGGAAUAGUUCCGACACCCAGAAAAUAGAUGAGCUGACUGCCAAGGUUGAUCAGCUACUGAAAAACAACCAAGGGCACGUCUUCAGCAUGGAUCAAGCUACGGCCGAGCAUAUUCAGAACCAGAACCAGCGAAAACCGCAGAGCAAUCGAAAGAUCGAUGUUCAGCUUGCUCAAACAGCUGAGAGUGUCAAGAGGCAACAAGGGACACUCCCUGGAAAAACUGAUAAACAUCCUAGGACUGAGCACUGUUAUGCAAUAGAGCAGCCAUUCGCUGAGACUGCUCCAGGCGCUGAAGAGAGAGCAGAGCAGCCUACUAGCUCUGCAGUAACUGCUCCCGACGAAUCUGUUGAGACUCCACCAUCUCGAGUCUAUGUUCCCAAGGUUCCCUAUCCAAUUCUACCUAGACAUCUGAUGGAUCCCAUUAGUGAAGAGCAGUUGAUAGGUUUUAACAAAAUGGUGAGAAAGCUUCCUAAAGAACUUGCAUUCGAAGAUGCUCUGCAGAUUCGUCCAUUGCUCAAGUUCUUUAAAAAUUGUAGAGAGACUCAAGAGGAGAUCAAGGUCCUAUAUACCAAAGCACUGUCUACACCAGCACUGAAGGUAUUGCCUAAGGUUGAUGAUCCUGGAAAGUUUGUUUUCCCAUGUUCCAUCGCAGGAACAACCUUCAAGGACGCUCUUUGUGACUCUAUUUCUUGUGUGAAUCUCGUCUCAAAGGCUAUUGUAGACGAUUUGGGUAUUGCUGAUGUUGAGCAUUCUCAGCUGACCCUGCCCUUUGCAAACUCUUUCAGAGCAGUCCCAUAUGGAACCAUCCGCAGCCUUCAUGUUCAAGUAGGGGAAUGCGUUGUUCCUGCUGAGUUUCAAGUUGUUGAGAUGAAUAAGGAUCAUGAGAUGCCUUUGAUAUUUGGAAGAAAAUUCAUGGCUACUGUUGGAGCAACCAUCGAUAUGCCCAACAAGAGAGUCUGCUUCUGCUACAUCAACAAGAAAGUUUUCUACAAGACUGUACCCACCAGAUCUUCCUCAUCACACGCCUCUUGCAUCUCAGUGUUUGAUGUAGAAAAGCUGAAGGUUGUUCCAGAGAAGGAGCAUGGUGAUAAGGGUGAGAGCAGGCUGUUGUCUGAUGAAGAUCCUAACACUGAUCCUACUAAAUUCAGAGAGAAUUCAAGGGUGAAACAGAAAGUUCAGAAGAAAAGGAAGAUUUUGAUCAUACAUAACAAAGAUGUUAUCUCGUAA